CUGCUUCUCGGGGGCUUCGGCGUCGCAAGUGUCUGCAGCAAGAGACGCAGCUUGCAUCACCACCAUGUGGCUCUUGCUGGCGACACUUGGGGCGGCGUGCUUGGCGGCCCAGGCGCAGGACGGCGGCCUGGCCGGCCCUCAGGGAGGUGUCCCGCCGCUGGGCGACUGCGUGUGCGUGCCCUACUACCAGUGCAAAGACGGCAAGGUGUCCGAGGACGGCGGCGGACUGCUGGAUGCACGCCGCAAGCUGCCGCCCAAGGAGGAGAUCCCGCUGGAUGGGCUCGGCGACCAGAACCAACAGUGCCCGGGCGUGGACCAGGUGUGCUGCGCCGAGCCGUCGGCCGUCACGGAAACGCCGUACGUGGCCUCGUGCGGCAUCCGUAACGACAACGGCAUCAACAGCCGCAUCCUCACCAAGGACGGCAAGGGCGAGGCGGAGUUCGGAGAGUGGCCGUGGCAGGCUGCUGUGCUGAAGUACGAGAGCGAGAUCCUCAAGUUCGAGUGCGGGGGCACGCUGAUCGCCAGCCGCUACGUCCUCACUGUUGCCCACUGUGUCGCCCGGUUCACUGGUGCCGACCGCGUGCCCCUGAAGGUCCGCUUGGGCGAGUGGGACACGCAGUCGAUGAAGGAGUUCUACCCGCACGAGGACUACGACGUCGGCAACAUCUACAUCCACCAGUACUUUCGCAACAGCUCUCUCUGGAACGACAUCGCGCUGCUCGAGCUCACGCGACCUGUCUCAUUCGCGCCGCACAUCUCUCCCAUUUGCCUGCCGAAGCUCGAGGACAUCUUCGAGGGCAGCUCCUGCGUAGUCACCGGAUGGGGAAAGGACGCCUACCGCACCGGCAAGUUCGCGAACAUCAUGAAGGAGGUGACGGUGCCCGUGAUUGACAACCCGACGUGCCAGAAUCUUCUGCGCCAGACGCGACUGGGCCGCUAUUUCCGCCUGCACGAGGGCUUUAUCUGCGCUGGCACGGAGGACGGCGUCGACUCCUGCAAGGGCGACGGCGGCGGGCCUCUGUCCUGCUACACCGCAGACGGCCGCUACCACUUGGCCGGCCUGGUCGCCUGGGGCAUCGACUGUGGCACACCGGACGUUCCAGGCGUCUACAUGCGCGUCGCCAAGUACCUCGACUGGAUCUCUGAGGUCACCCGCCUCCCCAUCUCGGAUUUCUACCCCAAGUGAUUAAUGCCGGUGGCGAUCACGCAGUGGGCAUUUUCUUCCACGUUUUUAGCCACGUUGCUCUCACCUUUUUCGCAUUGCCAAGUAUUCGUUUAGCCACCUGUAUGAAGCCCGGUUUCAUCAUGUACACCUGGGCGCAUUGUCAGUGCAGUCCUGUACAUAAUUUUAAUAAACGGAACAAACUUUGUGUUUA